UAGACACCGCCCCUCUGUGACAGACUGGAAAGGUGUGUGUCCGGACGGUGACUCACAGUUUCACUAGUGUGUGUGUAGACUUUGUAAAAUCCUCUUUCCACGCACCAGCCUGCGGUGACAUUCGCGUACAUGUGUCCCCUCGGUGGGUGUACGUGACGGGACUGUGUCAGAGCUCCAAACCCUCCAGUUCCAAUGUCGUUCUGUCCCGUGUUAAGGAUAUGGCUGCUUCUCCUGGGAGGGCUCGCGCUGCCAGGGGUGCGACACGUCAGUGGAAUCGAUAUUUUCACACCAGGUGAGAUGGAAGCAGUCAAUGGGACGGAUGUGAGGCUGAAGUGCACUUUUAGCUCAACCCACCCAGUAUCACUGCAGACCGUCGUCGUGUCCUGGAACUUCCGUCCUCUGCAACCAGGCCCUGAUGAGUCGGUAUUUUACUACGACAAGGAACCGUUUCCUCCCGAUGAAGGGCGUUUUAAAGGCCAUGUAGUGUGGUCAGGAGACGUUUUGAGAAAAGAUGUCUCCAUAACCUUGCAGGACGUACCUCCAACCUUCAAUGGUACCUACAUCUGCCAAGUUCGCAAUCGUCCAGAUGUGCAUGGCAGUAAUGGAGAGAUCGUCCUCAAAGUCGUCGACAAAGUGUCCCUCUCUGAAAUCAGUAUCCUGGCGAUUGCCGUGGGAGGAGCCAUCGUCGCUAUCCUGAUCAUCCUCGGGAUCUUUGUGGCAGUCAAGGUGUGCAGGAAUCGGCACAGAGACAAUGAUGUUGAGAUGCACUCGAGGGAGCAGGAGUGGAGGGACCCGACUGUGUGUAAACCUGAAGAGGCGGUUCAUCUGACUAUCGAGACGAAGAAGAAAGAGGUUGAUAGUUCAGAUGAUGAAGAGUCUGAAGCCAGCAGUGGAGAUGACGAAGAGGAAGAGGGUGAAGAUGAUGAUGACGACGAUGAUGAUGAUGACGAUGAUGGCGGAGAUGAUGAUUGAGUCCAACUACUAGCCUUUUUGGUAUAGUCACUAGUUAAUAAAUGUUAAGAUGUAAUUUAUGAUGCAGUGUUUUUCAGAAUCCAGUUGUUUCUCACUAACAGCACCACAGAAAUAUUAAGUUCUGUGCUUGUAUAGUUUUGUCAUGUUCUGGAGAUGACUUUGCCUUUUCAUGCUUAUUGAAUGGAUUUCUACAUCAUGGCUGCUUGAACUGUGUAGCCUCAGAUCAAAUUCAACCUGUAGAAGACCAUGGACAUUUUAACUUGUGACUAAUUAGUGACACCACGGCACACUAGUGCGUAUAGUGUUUAUCUUUCCUCUUAUGUUUCAGCUGAUAUUAAAUGUUUCAGUCGAAAAAUAAUCUUAAAUCUGUGUCAUAGCCUGUCUUGAUGCAGAAUGUUUGGAUAAAGUUAGAAAUUAAAUGGAUAAAAUGGAUGCUGUCAUUUACCUUUUGCGAGUGAUAAAGCAAAGUGUUUACUAUAUUGGCAACAUUACACAAGUGAUUUUAUACUAUGAUUUUUGUAUAUACUGUUAAUAAGCCGAGUUUACACUUUUUAAAUCAAGACCUUGUUGUCAUCUGCCUUUUUACAGCCACUUUGAAAUAAAGAACAGUUUUUAAAAACACUGUAAUCUU